UGCGUGCUGACGUCACCACGUCACGUCACGUCGAGCCGGCUGGCGCUGCCCGCCGGCCGCGGGGUUGUUGUUUUCGUCCGGCGGCCGCCGCCAUGUUGGGACCGUGCGCUUUGUUAUAAAGAAGGAGAGAGAAGGAGAAAAAACACGCUAAGGAAGCGAGCUGAAGGGCGGCGAAGUAAACGGAGGACCCUUGGAACAAAACACGGCCGUUGAGGGCGAUUUUUAUUUCCCCUCUGGUCGUCGUUUGAAGCUGAGGGUGGGAAAGGAAAGCGGUUUCGGGCGCAAGAUGAGAGUGAAGCGGGGAGACCGUUAGGGGGACGGGGCACUGGAUUGGAGCCAUGCCAUACCCUUCUGCAAAUCAAGGAUCUCUGCAAACCCAAUCCCAAAAGCACUAUGGUAUUACAUCUUCAAUUAGCUUGGCUUUGCCAAAAGAAAAUGAUUAUGUGCUUACCCAGAAACUUAUUGAGGCACUAAAUCCUUAUGGAGUUUUUGAAGAGGAGGAGGAGUUGCAACACAGAAUUGCAAUUCUGGGAAAGCUAAAUAACUUGGUGAAAGAAUGGAUUCGUGAUACCAGUGAAAUUAAGAAUCUUCCUCCAUCCGUGAUAGAAAAUGUAGGUGGGAAAAUUUUUACUUUUGGCUCGUACAGAUUAGGAGUGCAUACAAAAGGAGCUGAUAUUGAUGCAUUAUGUGUUGCACCUCGUCAUAUUGAAAGAGUUGACUUCUUCUCAUCCUUCUGUGAAAAGCUGAAACAGCAAGAUGAAGUGAGAAAUUUACGGGCUGUUGAAGAAGCAUUUGUACCAGUCAUUAAACUAUCCUUUGAUGGUAUAGAGAUUGAUAUUUUGUUUGCAAGAUUGGCUCUUCAGACAAUCCCGGAAGAUUUGGAUCUUAGAGAUGAUGUGCUCCUUAAAAACCUGGACUUGAGGUGUAUUCGAAGUCUUAAUGGUUGCAGAGUCACAGAUGAGAUAUUGCAUUUAGUACCAAAUAUUGAAAAUUUUAGGCUGACACUGAGGGCAAUUAAAUUAUGGGCAAAGCGCCACAACAUUUACUCUAACAUACUAGGCUUUCUGGGUGGUGUCUCAUGGGCCAUGUUGGUGGCAAGGACUUGCCAACUGUACCCCAAUGCUGUUGCAUCAACCCUAGUACACAAAUUCUUCUUGGUUUUUUCAAAAUGGGAAUGGCCAAAUCCUGUCUUGUUAAAACAACCGGAGGACUGCAAUCUGAAUUUGCCAGUGUGGGAUCCACGGGUUAACCCAAGCGACAGAUACCACCUCAUGCCAAUUAUUACACCCGCCUACCCACAACAAAACUCGACAUACAAUGUCUCGGCAUCUACACGGGCUGUAAUGAUGGAGGAGUUUAAGCAAGGUCUUUCGAUCACAGAUGAAAUUUUAAUGGGUAAAAUGGAGUGGUCCAAACUCUUUGAGGCUCCAAACUUCUUUCAAAAGUACAAGCAUUAUAUUGUGCUGCUGGCGAGUGCUCCAACGGAGAAACAGCACUUGGAGUGGGUAGGAUUGGUGGAAUCCAAAAUCCGAAUUCUAAUAAGCAGCUUAGAAAAGAAUGAGUUCAUCACUCUGGCUCAUGUUAAUCCGCAAUCAUUCCCAGCUCCAAAGGACAAUCCUGAGAAAGAUGAAUUCAGUACUAUGUGGGUCAUUGGGAUAGUCUUUAAGAAAGUGGAAAACAGUGAGAACCUGAGUGUUGACUUGACAUACGAUAUUCAAUCUUUCACAGAUACUGUUUAUAGACAAGCAAUGAACAGCAAAAUGUUUGAAUCUGAUAUGAGGAUUGCAGCGAUGCAUGUGAAAAGGAAACAGCUCCAUCUACUCCUACCUAAUUAUGUUCAACCAAAAAAGAAAAAGCAUUCAUUGGAGGGGAGCAAAGCCAACUGUGAAGAUGAAAAUAGCAUGGAAGCCUCUCUGGACAGUGACCAUAGCCUGCUGGUGCCUUCCAGUCCGUUACAGAAUGCCAACAGUCCCCAGAGUAGUCCCAUUACUGCUGCUUCAACAGUGAAUGUGAUCAGUGUUCCAAAUUCAGAAACCCAGGUGGAAUCAGAGACGACUCUUUCCAAAGGAAAUUCCAUUUCCCGUUCAGAGGGCUCGGCCGCAUCCUCCAGUGACCACAUUCCUCAGGCCUCUCCAGUACCUGCUUCUACUGCGCAACCAAAAUCAGCAGUUAACCAGGUUUCAUCCACGUGCAUCGGCAGCCAGCCUGCAAGUUCCACCACAAAGGCGUCUAAUCCUGUUCCCUCUGGGGGGAAGAGACCGACAUCGCCUGCUAUCACUGAAUCUGCAAAUACCGAGGAACCUGCAACAAAUGGGGUACCAAUGGAUCAGAAUCUAUCACAGAGUUCAAAGAGAACAUCCGCGCAGCUAACUGAAGGUUCACCAAAGAGAAAGAAGUUGGAUGGAUCUGCCUCUGUGAAUGAGCAAGGUGACUGUUCGGCAAGUCCUAAUACUGAGAAAAAAAGUGAUGAAAAUAUGAAGGUUGCUGAGUCUGAAGAAAAGAUGCUGCCAAUCCAAUCUAAGGCUUCUAUCUCACAGGAACCAAUGAGCACAGAACUUUCUGAUGUUUCCUCCCUUCCUGUAAACCCUGUUCCAGUAGUUAAAAACUCAAUAAAGCUGAGGCUAAACCGGUAGAACUGCUACCACUCCUGGGGCCAUAGAACACAAAGAGAAGAAGGACAUGCGUGCAUGCGCACAAAAAGAAACAUCUCUGGGAAGAGUCAUCUGUUUGCUGGCUGCAGAUUCCUCCAUGGAAACAUUUUUAAAAGUUCUUUGGACAAAGGUGAUGGUGGCAUAUGGUGAAGUUGGACGAUAAAGGCUGUAGAUUUUUUUUAAACAUGUCCUAAAAGACUUGAUCAUUGUCGAAUCUGGAGUCUGGUAGAACUCGACCAGUGAUAAGGAUGCACUGCGGACUGACUGGUCAUGCAGCGAGUGCAUCUUGGCGGAGUACUGCUGAUGUGUUGGCAACAGUUAUGUUAGUUGAAACAGUUUUUUCCAAGAACCAUUCUCCCUCCCGUUACCUUUGCUCUUAAAACUGCCUGCAAUUGUGAAAAGAUUUUUUUAAAUGUUUUUGUUGACCAAUUGUUCAGUCAUAUGGGCAUUAUUUGUGAAUUUAGGUUAGUGCUGGUAUUGGGGGAGAUUUAGUAAGGAAGGACCCUUGUACUGGGACAUACCAUUAUUGAUUUCAGGGCACUAAUCUACUUUGAUCCAAUUGAUUCUUUCAAACAGCAAUGUGAAAUCGGCGCUUAGUUCCUGGUGUCUUACAUCCUGGAAAGGGUACAGGAGCUGCUGCAUUUCCCUGGUUGCUUCCAUUGUUUGUCUGUUGAUUUUUGAUGGGUUAAAUGUUAAUUUGACUUCUAUUUUUGUGCCGCUGUCAGGAAUAGGUUGUCUCAAAACCAAAUUCAAGUUGGUUUGUUUGCGACUGGUAGGUGUCAUGUUAAGAUACUGAACAUUUCCAUUUUGAAGCUGGUUUCCUAUCAUACCUAAAUGGAUUUGAGAUCUACUACCACUAGGAUGAGUCACUGCUUGACCAACGUCAUAUCACUUCCCAGUCAAAUUGCAAUCCAGUAUAAAACUCAUCCAUAUUUGACAUUGAUUGAGCUCAUCUAUAUUUGACAUUGAAACUCGAGUGAAAAUCUCCUGCUUGUAAAAAAAAAAGUAGACUUUGUGCUUCUGCAUGGUACAUAGUUCAGCAAAUUGCAUGGCCCUUAUGCAUCCAUGAAGCAUGCCAAAAUAGGUUUAGAAUUCACCUUGUUCAGCGAGGAAUUUGCUAUAGUUGUUUGCGUUGACACGUUUGACCAUGGACAGUUCCAUUAAAUCUCGCCGGUGUGCUACAAUUCUUUCUUUUUCCUUACAAGUACCGUUAUAAAUGUUAUUUUAAAGCCAAAAACUUUCUUCUUUGGAUCAGUACAAAGAAAACACUUUUUCUGGUUUGUCCUCAAGUUAUAUAUCAGUUAUAAAUCCUUCAAGACUUGGUAUGAUGGAAUGAAUGUACUUCAGGCAUGUGAGGUCCAGUAAAUAGAAGUCCUUGAAACCAUUCAAACUUCCAAUUUUCAUCAUGUCACAUAACUACAUGCAGGGAAAACCCUUUUUACUUUAAUGAUCUGAGAGGUAUUAUGUCAACAUUGAGAUAUAUAUAUGGCAGCAUGUCAAGAAAACGGGUUCUUCCUCAAAUUUAAUGCAUCAAGAAAGGCUGGUAAUGAUGCUACUAGCACCAUUAAGUUUUAUAUUGGUGACUCUGGCUAGCACUUAUAGAAGAAAGUUAUAGAAGAGGUAGUUCUGAGAGCCAGUCACCCAUGGGGUUUUUUUUUAAAUUGUAAAAUAGAGCAUGAGAUUCAAGUUUUGCCAUGCUGGAAAUUGAGCUGUUUAAUAUGAGCAGGUUGUUGGCUCAAUCCACAACUAAUUCACUCAUUGUCAACCUGGGCACAUCAUCUGCGGAUAGCUUGGUGACAUUAUUUAUGGUUCUCCAUCGCAAGACUCCAGUGCUCAAGUUUUUAAUGAGAUGAUGGAGGGUUUCCUCCAUGCAUUGAAUCCUUUGUAUUUUCAUUGACUUGGAAUGCUUUAAAAUAUUUUUCAUCAGUUUAUUAAAAGCAAGAGUGGAAGAGUUGCAAUAUUGUAAACGUUCGGGAAGUGCUUUUGGAAGUACUAACAUUUUACAGUUUUAAUUUUUUUUAAUUUAAUAAAAAGUAUGUGGACCAUCUUUCUCACACUGCGUCCCCAUUCGACACAGACUCCAAGAGUGACUGAGCCUUGACUGUAAGCUGAAAAGGUAACACAUUUGCAAAUAGCAUUUAAACUUGACGUAUGGGCAUUUACGUUUCCUCCAUGUGAACAGUUGAAAUCUGCAAAAAAGCGACAAGCUGAAUUGAAACUUCAUUGUCCCGAUGUUAGAUAUACAUGCAUGCUUUUCUCUCUUGGUUUCUGAUCCUUGAAUAGGUCUCCCAUUGUGAAAUGGUUGACCCACUCUGACAGAGCUGAAUUGUGCAUCCUUCCAAAAUAUUUAUGGAAGGCUCAAUUGCCUAUGCUCCAAAUGUAUUCCUUUUUGGGUCCCCCCUCGUCCCGUCCCCCGUCCCCCAAGUUUUUUAAACUUUGGAUGUACUGUCAUUAAAAUAGGUUUAACGAACCAUCAGGUAAUCUACUAAAGUGUAAUGUUUUGUAAAGUAUUCCAUGUUUUUCUAUGCAUGGUGGCACCGCAGAAUGUUUUGUUUGAGGGUGGUGGGGUAAGAACGCUAUUUCGAAUGAAAGGAGCUAUUAGAAUUUUUGUGGUACUUGGACAAUGCAGCCUCUGGCUGCACCAUGAUGAUAAAAGCAGUUCUGGUUUUGCUCUUGCAGCUAGCUGUCCACUGAAUUGUGAUUUAUUUUUUUCCCUCCCUGACAGCAGACCUGUUUUUGAAUUGGAGUUUCCAAAAGCUUUCUUGCAGUGCGCUGGAUACCACAGUGCGUUUUGUGGUGGACCAGGGAGUUUCAAUACUGAUUAUUAGGAAUGAAAAAUAAUUGAGAAUGUAAGUAAAUGGGUUGGAAAAGUGUGUUUUCUGAAUUGAAGGCCUGCAUUGGCCAUUGUUGAUAAAGGGACACAAUUAAAUGCAUUUCAUGCUGUGGAGAAUAAAUGCAGCAGAUUCUGCCUUCAGUGCAUUGGGGGAGGAAUAUGGGUAGCAUGGUCUUUACCUGCCAAGAAGCUACCCCAGCUAGUUGCAUGUCUGUAGUAGGAAGAGAGCUACCCAAUGAAUUGUAUGUAGGGAGUGAUGAGAUGAAUGCUGAUUAACUAAGAAAGUGCUUGCAUUGUAGACUAUUGUAUAUUGUCAUGUGUGAGGAGUUCUGUUGGGCAUUUACAAAAGGCCAAUUUCAGGUUUUUGAGGAGUCCUUGAUUAACACCGUCGUGGAUCCAGUCUUAAUUUUAUUAUGAAAAUGCAAAGAAAUUGGAUGGAGAAUACUUGAUGUGCGGAAAGCUUAAGAUGCGCAAAUUGUAGCAGGGGUAACUUUUUGGCGUAUAUCCAGCGCGCCAUUUGAGCUGUGAUAUGAGAUGCACUAAUGUAGGUGUGCAUGAUGAGCAGCUGUCUGCAGGGCUGGGGAAUGCCAAGGUUCAUACUGGCAAGGGUGCAUGGUAUUGAUGUAUACCAGGCUGAUCUACCCUUUUCAUCGAUUGAUUGCAAACUUUUAAAAAAGCUUGCUCCCUAUUUGGGUACAAUUGCAAUAAACUGAACGCAUUCUGUUUUUUCCAAACAGCCCCACCACCACCACUGCCCAUGUAGAAAGCAACUUUAGCCUUUAUUCCAUACAUUCCUAGAAAAUAAAAUCACGCAGGUUAUGUACACCCAUCCUGGUUGACCAGAACAUUAACCCGACUUUAGACUUUCAUUCAGUGACCAGGUGAGAAGUUGAACUUGGCCGCUUUAACAUGGCAGCAGCUUACAAGUUGCUUGAUGUUAGGUACAAUAUCUGCUUGAGGCUUUCAUGAGUGUUCUGCUUUCAGUCUGUUUAAGCCAUCUCUAUUAAAAACUUUAACUGUGUUACCUUUUUGAAUGCUAUUGUCGGCUAAGCAGCUGGUUUCCUUACUAAACUGCAUGAACAGCAGUUCAAAAACCCACAUAAACUGCAGCCUAAGAUUCUUUAAACCAGCGAUUUUUAUUUUAAACUUUUUCCUUGAGGAUGAAACGGUGCUGUGUUGACCUGUUCUCCUUUAGCAGGGUGAAUGAUAACUGGCUUUUACAGAAUUAAAAGAAAAAUAAACUCGUUUCAACAGUCAUUCAUUUUGGGAAUUAAUGUUUCUGUUCAUCUGCCUGAAUGUGAAGUAAAGCUGUCGCAGGUUGUGAUUGGGUGGGCUAUUUGUGGACAAACAAGAAAUCAAAAAGCUUUCAUGUGAAUGCACCUCGUGUUCUGCCAAAAAGAGUGCUAAAACUAUUUUUUUCGUUGUUGGUGAACUUGUCAUAGUUUUUCCUUCCUCACAGUUUUAACUGUUGCUUUCGCAAGCUGUACUCUGCGGCUCACAGAUGGAGUUCUGUUUUUUUCAUAGUGUCUGUACACUAGUAAUUUUCAGAAGCUAUUUUGUAUAGAGAUGUAUUUCUUCAUUUAAAAUAAAUAAAAAUGCAGCACAAAA